UAAACAUAUAGUAAUGUAUAUAGUAAAAACAAACAAAAAUGGCGUUUACUUGAAGCUCUGCGACGUCAGUGAUUGCGUGGCUAUCGCGUGACCUUUUGCGGUUUCAGAAGAGGGCGCUGUUGUGCGUGCAGUAUUUCCGAGUUCAGUUCUACACAGGAGUAGACAGGAGAAAGCUAAUGUUAAUGUAUUAAUUAAUUGACACAUGAAGCUAACCACGAUGUGACACGGUGUGUCAUUCAGGAAACUGAAAGAGCCGUUGCAGAACAAUAAUGCUACUCCUGGAAAUCGCCUGAAACUUUCGGAGGUUCCCUGUGUGCAGUCAUUUGUUAAAUCAGUGGGAGAUGGAGCCAGGUGUUUGGCAGCAGCAGAGUGUUCAGGUGUAACUGUGCCGGUGACGGGACAUGACGAGCAGCCGCGGAUGAAGGAUGAGGCGUGGAGGAUUUUGGGAAGAGGGGCACCCCACGACCUACUCCCUCAAGAAUACCCCCACCGAUCAAGAGGAGAGGCCUCAGAGUGCUUUAUAUGCAGGGAUGCUGAACUUCAAGCCAGUGACCCACUGAGGAAAUUCUGUGACUGCAAGAAUUUACUUGCCCAUCACGUGUGUCUGUCUACAUGGAUCCAGAGGGGAUGUGGGAGUAAAGACAGGCUGCGAUGCAUUGUCUGCAAAGCCAAGUACCAGCUCCAGAGAAGGUCUCCAUGGUGGUCCAUGAUGUCCCAGUGGCGGACGUGGCUCCUGUUGAUCACUGAAUUUGUUCUGCUGGGUCUGGUGCCUUAUGUGGUUCACUGCAUGCUGACAGCCUUCACCAACCCUCCUCCUCCCAUCACCUAUAAAUUGGCAGCAGUCUCUUUUGGUCUGCUUGCAGAGUUUCUGCUGAUCAUGUGUCUGUCCAGCUACCUCAGCAGUCGUUACCGGCAGGCUGAGCAGAGCUCCUUCACCGUCCAGGCCAGAGGCUUUGAGGAGGACAUGACCAGACCGGGCCGCUGGGAUCACUCAGAGGCCACUUCAGCAGUGGCAGGCCACACUUCAUCAGGGGCCUCACCAAGUCAAGUGGACGAAAGGAAAGUGGAUGUGUUGAAGAAUCAGUCUCUCAGCCUUUUCUGAACCACUAACAGAAGGAGUUUACAGAAUAUGGGGUGAGAGUAAAUCCUCUGGGUUUUAGAUGUUUCUAAUAGCCAUUCAAGAUAUCACAUCAGUUUAUCAGCGUGGCAUAUAUGAGAUCUUGCACUUUAAAACCUAUUUUUCAAGUGUCAAAUAUUCUUGUUUUCCUUUAUGUCAAACCCUUACGCUCUCACUUUAUUCAGUGGAUGUAUUCUCAUAUAUCACAAAUUGAUCAUGAGGAAGAAAAUGCACGCAGCUCUCAUGAGUGUAUUCAGGCUCGGAGGAGAAAAAAAGCCUGAAAUCACUCUCUUUCUUUAAUGAUGUCCACACAGAGACAAUGGGGCGCCAUUCUGAUUAGUGUCACCUGUCCUUGUGCAUCUCAUCAGCUCCAUUAUGGCUCCAUCUACCAUGCUUUUUCUGCUAAUUGAAUAGCCUGUGAAGUGGUGACGGUGAUGGGGGUGAGAGCAACGUCUGUCCCGCUGCUGCUUCAGAAUCAGAAAAAAGAGUGAAGCUUCCCAGUGAGACACUGCUGUUGUUCUUAAAGCGUAAACCAUUAUCAUACAGAUAGAAGAAGUGCUGACAAGUAGCACUCAUGUUGUAUUAGCAUCAUAUCAUCUACAGAUUAUGUUCAUAUGUAACAGCUUUGAAUUAGCAUUUCCUGUAUAUUUGGAGGGGGAUGAAAUGCUACACCACACAUUUCUACAGUGUGUGAGACAGACCGUCCAUACUGGAAGUAGCCAUGAAACAUUCACCAACAGUUUUCAGCUGUGUGUUCCCACAGCAGCUGCACGUGGCAACUGAAGUAUGAGUAACAGUUAAAGCACAAGUUUGACAAUGAGGGAAAUAUGCUUCUGUGCAAUUUAGAUGAGAAAACUGAUCACUACAGCCAGCAGCUGGUUAGCUUAGCUCUGCACAAACUGGAAAGUGUGUGUGUGGGGGGGCUGUCUGUCAGUACUCCUUUUUUUCCCCCGGAAAAUGUCAAACCCUUUACGGUUAGGAAAGGUUUCUAACCUAAUUCUAGAUUUUUCGUACUCUGAAAAGAUGAUGAUGAUAAAUUAAUUCCGGGGGCACAGCUCUGCUGCUGACCCUGUGCGCUCACCUGACUUUUGUUUGUUUGUCUGAGUUUGUGGAUUAACGUACACCCACUGGGAGUGACCUAAUACAGAAUCACAGUGAACUUAGCACAACAGUGAAUUAUUCUUUGCCUGUUCCUGCUGUCUGGAGACAAUUCAGCACGAUUUCCUGGUCUACACACAUGAACACCUGAUGUUUCGGACCUAAGUUUACCAGGGGAGCGCAGUGACUUAAGAUCCAUAAGACAGCCAAAGAAAAGAAAGACACGGUGCUCCAGAGGUUGAAAACGUGGCUGUCAUCACGCUAUCAAACUGGAUGAAAUCAUGGCCAGAGCUGAGUAUGACAGAGUAUUCAGGCAAAGCAAUCUUACCUGUCUUACAGAGGUAUGGCUCAAAGGUCACACAGCUGCAUAUCUAAGGGGCAUACAACAAUUAGAGCAGACAGAGAUGGACAUAGAUCAACAAAAUCAAUAGGAAGCGGGUAGUGUCUCUUUGGGUACGAGAACUUGGUAAAACACUUCUGCAUAUGCAAGCAAGUAUGCACUCCCAGGCCUAAAUUUUAUCAGUCUCUUGUAGACCUUUCUGUCUUAGCUGAGAGAUUGGACAGAUCACUCUCAUUCUCACUUACGUGCCUGGUCCACAUAAUGCUGUAGCAGAGAGUUACAUUCUCACUCUGUUGAUCAACCUGAUUUUAUUCUUGCAGGCUUUAAUUCAUGUGAUUUAUCUGAGUAUUUACUAAUGCUCCAGCGAUGUAUGGGCUGUCCCACUUAUUUCACACACACAGUUGAUCUUUGCUUUGGGAACAACCCAGAUACCUAUAAGGCUGUUAGCAGCCCGCCACUUGGGAGAUUAGACCACUUUGUUAUUCACCUUUUCCUUGAGUAUAGGGCAAACUAGUGAAAGUAUGGUGGUGAUAUUUGAUCUUGUAUUGAAUCCUGUGGAAGUAAUGUGUGUAAGGCAAAAACUGUCCGUGUUUAUGAAGGUCGAGUGUUGUGUCAGUAAGAGUCAGUGCUUUGCUAAUGAGCUGAAUGUUCAUUACAGUAGAUGUGACUGUGUGGAUUACACACAGACUAUGGAGCAGCAUCCCAUCAACCUCACUCGUAGUGUGGAGUGUGGAAGUGGAAAAGAUUGCUGCCAGUCAAAAAAGGCUAGUGACCCAGAUGGACUUAAGGCUCAUGUCCUUACAGACUGUGUCCUCCAAUUAACAGGAGCGCUUGUCCAGGUAUUGCCUAUAUUAUGGAUGCUCUCUAUCAUUAAGCCUGUGCCCAGAAAGUCAAAAGGAAAUAUGUUGAAUGGCUUCUGACUAAUAGCCAUCAUUUCUUUCCUUUGUGAAAACUUGCAGAGUUGUAGCUUGUCAUCUAACUUCCUCUGUGGCUCAGUAUUUGGCCUGAACACACACUCCUCAGGCAUGAUUCAAAAGUAGCAAUUUGGAGAUCAGUGUUGAUAAGACUGGAGAAAUGAUUAUUUUUGCCAAGCAGGAUUUCACAAUAGGGCCUAUUGUAUUUGACAGCCAACGUGUUGAAACUGUUGAAAGUGCAGCCCUGAACUACCAACUAAACUUCUCUGAAAGCACCUAAAUACUUAAUACCUGAAUGAUAUUUUAAAGAAAUGUGCACAACAGCUUCAUCUUACCUAACAGUUUCUGAGUGAGUUGGUAAGUUGUAGAAAUUGUUUACAAAACCCUGACUGAGAGUGUUUUUUACAUUCCACUUGACUGGACUGCAGGCUUAAGAGUUAGUUUGCUGGAAUAGUUGGCAUUGCCAACAAAAUAAUUGGGCUGCACACUGUUAGGACAAGAGAUAAAGCCUUAAGCAUCCUGACAGACUGUUCUCAUCCUUUAUUUUCUCAGUAUGAGACUCUGUACUCUUGGUACCUUUGACAGCCAAAAAUAUUUUUAAAAAAAUAUAUUUUCAAAAACGUGUUUUGUAUAUAACUUAUUUUGUGUGUCGGUUUUAAGCUUUAUAUAUAUAUAUACAUAUAUAAUUUUUCUUGUGUACUGUGUUUCCACAUUUCUUGUUACUUUGUUACUGCUUUUAUAUUUCUCAGUUAUUAAGAACCAAAGGCAAUUUUCCACUCUAAUGGAAAAUAAAGUUGUAUUCUAUUCAGUCUGAAAAGACCAAAUCCAAAAACA